GUCGGCUUUUCGACUGCAUCUUCUUCGCUUCUCCGCUGCUGGUCGCCCUCCUUCGCGUCCGGCUGCCCUGUCCUUUUACAUCAUCCGUCAAGGUACCGUGCUGCUCCAUCUGCCUCGCCUGCGCGACUCCCGCGAACCUCACCCCCCUCCACCGUCACAGUCUCUUCCGUCGUUUGUGAGGGGCCAGCCUUAUCUUUUGCCUUUUUUCUGGCAUUUUCCUACGGCAGUAUGCCCGCCAGGCCUGGACAGCAGGCUAUGCCUUCCAGAAAUCGAUCCCCGCUGUCACCGGCGAAAGCUAGCACACCUACUAAAGCUCCCCCACAACCCUCGAAGUCAACCGCAAAAUCAACAACAUCUGACGACGCAUCAACCACAGCUGUAGCUCCUCUGGCAAAUGGUCUAUCUGGCAAUAGACAAUCUGCAGAAAAUAUGCCCGUGUCAGUUAACCGGAAAAAACAGAAACGAAGGCAGAAACAAGCUGCCCGGUUGGCGGCAGAGGAACACGUCCGGAACGGCUACACUUCUACAAAUAUCGCGCAAGGGAAUGGGCAUAUCGCUUCUGGAGAUGUGCUAGAAGCGGAGGAUACACGUUCCUACGAUGGACGCGAUUUCUCUGCGAAGGGAGACGAGGACGACGAACAAGACCAUGACACGCUAGACGCGCGCUACGACCUACAGGAACCGACAGGGAACAGUGAACGAAAUGGACAUCCACCGAGUGUGGCGUAUAGUAAAUCGAAGAAGACUAAGGGGAAAAAAGGUCGUUCUGACCCUCAAGCGCUCCUCGACAGAACCUCGAUCUCCACAGCGUCCGUCUCCAUGCCGCAACCUCUUUCUUCCCGCCUUGCGUCUCAGGUGGUGCGCCUACCCACCCGGAAGCUGACCAAGGGCCGCAGUAUAUGGAACACAACCACGCAGGAAGAACGGGAGAAUAUCAAGACUUUCUGGCUAGAAUUGGGCGAGGACGAGCGACGGCAGCUGGUCAAAGUGGAGAAAGACGCGGUUUUGAAAAAGAUGAAGGAGCAGCAGAAGCAUUCCUGCAGCUGCACUGUAUGUGGUCGAAAGCGGACGGCCAUCGAAGAGGAGCUAGAGGUUCUUUACGAUGCGUACUACGAAGAACUCGAACAGUAUGCAAACAACAACCAAGGCGCCCCCGACAAGACCUCUCCUGUACCCCCUCUGUUAACCCGACAAUCUCCACGGCAGUCCAGUCAGCAGCUGCACAAUCAUGGCCAAAUCCAUCCUUCCCGAGGACGCAUUCGAGAAUUGCCAGAGGGGAGCGACGGACUGAAUGGCGAAUAUGAUGAAGAUGAUAAUGGCGAUGGGUCAUUCGUCAGCGAAGACGAUCUACAGGAUGACGCCACUCGUGCAGCCCGUGCCGAUUUCUUCGCGUUUGGGAAUAGUCUAACUGUAAAAGAUGGCAUUCUCACGGUUGCGGACGAUCUACUGAAGAACGACGGGAAGCAUUUCAUCGACAUGAUGGAGCAGUUGGCGGAGCGCAGGAUGCAGCGUGAAGAAGAUACACAGUACGGCAUGGCUGCGGCACAUCAGUCUCUUCACGGUCACAACCACGGCCCCCUCGACGACGACGAGGAUUACGACGAUGAAGAAGAGGAAGAAGAAGACGAGGAGGAGGAAGAGUACGAUAGUCAGGAGGAAGACGACUAUGAAGAGGACGAGAUGGAUGCCAUGACCGAGGAGCAGCGCAUGGAAGAAGGACGUCGAAUGUUCCAAAUAUUUGCGGCUAGGAUGUUCGAGCAACGAGUAUUGACGGCAUAUCGAGAAAAGGUUGCACUGCAACGACAGCAGAAACUUAUUGAAGAGCUAAUGGAAGAGCAAACUCGGAAUGAACAACGAACGGCCAAAAAAGCACGAGAUGCACAAAAGAAGAAGGACAAGAAGAGGCUCCAGAAACAAGCAAGGGAGGAAGAAAGGGCUCGACGGGAGGCGGAGAAGGCUGCGGAGGAAGCAGCUUUGCGCGCCGAACAGGAGAAGAAACUCGAAGAGCAAAGACGCAAGAGAGAGGAACAACGGAAAAAGAAGGAAUCUGAGAAAAGGGCACAGGAGGAAGAGCGCGCUCGCAAGGAGGCUGAGAAACAACGGCGUCUUAGGGAAGAGAGGGAGCGACAUGUGGAAGCAGAGCGGAAGCAGCGCGAGUUGAAGGAGCAAGAGAAGAGGCGGCGUGAAGAGUCCAAGCGCAAAGAAAAAGAGGAACGAGAGGCGCGAGAAAAGGAACUUCGGGAGAAGAAGGCGAAAGAGGAGCGCGAACGUAAAGCUCGCGAGGAACAGGCCAGGCUGGAAAAGACCGAACAGGAACGCGAGAAGCGCGAAGCCCAUCCUGCUACGCAACAAGCCCAAAGAAAACGAACAUCACAGUCAGGCCCGGUUCCAAUUCCAUCCUCUUUGCAACAUCCGCCCCAUUCUCCCCAUUUCCAGGUUGCAACGCCCGUUGUUCCCAAAGCCGCAACUCCAGUCAGGCCCCGGCAGCCGUCUCAGCAUGGUUCCCAUACGUCUUCGCCACGGUCUCAGCCAGCUAGUGCCGCCCAGUCUCAAUUGUCGAUCUCCCCACGAUCUGUUCCAUUGUCACAGACGUCGGGUACCUCGAGCAUAGCCUCUAUGAAGGGUCCAGUGCAGCAGCCAGUCCUUCAUCAUCCCCAGCCUUCCGCACCGCUGUCACCUCUUGGGGACCCAGGCAGGGCUCCUCCCCCCGGAUUCCCGGCUCUCAGCGGAUUACCUUCCCAUCCCCCUGGCAUAUCCGGCAUGGCUCCGCGUCCACCAAUUGGCCAUGAACUGCCCAUGUAUCCACCGCACUCUGGACCUAUGGCAGGCCAGUUCAGGGGAUUUCCACCGCCAAAUGGUAUCCCAAUACCCCCGGGAAUCAAUGGAGCUAGGCCCAUCCCUCCCGGAUGGGGAUAUCCACUCGAGCCAGGGCAUGGCCUUCCAUUCCAUGGACAACAACCGCUGACAAGCACAUUUGGCUUGCCACAGACCGGCAUCUCGCAGGCGCACUCGAGACAGGCAUCAAAUUCGUUUGAACGAUCUCCUCUUGACACACAGCCUCAGCCGCUACCCGUGUCCCGUCCGAGCCCUAUCAAGAGACCUUCUAGCACGGCGCAGCAGGACCAACAGAGAGAAAAUGGCAGCACUACUGGAGAAGAUGUGGACGACUUGAGUGCUCAUCUAGGCAGUAGUGCGCUUCUUGAUGACAAUGCUGUUCCAUAUACGUCCAAUUUAUCUCAGUCGUUACCAGGUGCAUCAGCUCCGGGACCUUUACCAGGGCCAACGCGUGCCAGCAUUAGCAUUGGGACAUCUCCAUUCUUCCCGGACCCCCUGGCUUCGAAACAUGGCAAUUUUCCCGUCGGUCCUGGUGUUGGGGGCACCUGGGGAACGCAGAUCCCGUUUGGGCCGUCUGCUUUCCCAGGGGCUCCCACAUGGGGAACUGUAUCUGGGAAUGGUUGGUCCAACAAUGCUUUCAGCGCUGGAAGUCAUCACCGUGCUCAUGCUUCUCGACCUGUUACAAUUCGGCUACUGGUUAUCCAAGCUUGCAAACAACUCAACGCGCUGGGUCCUGGCAAAGAUACUGGAGGGUUUCAUGACGUAAAUCUCGUGCUUCGCCAAGUCGAACAGCUACGCCCUGCCAAUGAGCAACCUAUUACGUUGGAUGAGAUGCUGGACAUCUGUGAUACAGAGGGCAAUCCGCAAAAUGGGGGCGGUUCAUUCCUUAUCAAGGACAGCGAAGGACACGGCAAAUCUGUCAAGUUCGAGCCAGACAACAACAGUUCCGUCCCGGGUCAUCGAGCUAGUAUUGUUCCGGGCGAGAUAGGAAGCCCUGUCCCGAGUAGCAGCGUCCCGGUGCUCGGCGGAAUUGGAAACCCAUCAUCGUCGGUACUGCGACAGUUUUCUUCUCCCACGAGCUUCUGAGACGUUUUCCUUUUCUUUUUUCAUUCCCCCUCCCUUUCAUGUUGAUUCUCGGAUGGGUUGGGCUUGUCAUUGUUUCGGUGUUUGUAGAAAAAAAAAACACUGUAAAACAGGUCUGGCUUGGCUGUCUGUCUAGGUCGAUUUCUCUGGGUUUUAUUAUGCUUUUCAGGUUGGACGAUUGCAUUGUGGAAUGGAUUGUCUAGCACACCCUUCAGGGCUGCGCUUUAUUUUCAUGUCAAACUCUUCAUGUGUCAGUGUUUCUUUUCUUUUCCUUCUUCUUUCUCGUUUUAUGUUGGAUGUAUUCCACCAAGGGCAUUAUUAUGAGUGUUUGUGUCUAUUAUACAGUGCCCAAUACCGUGUAGCGAUGUCUUUUUUUUUUUUUUUUUUUUGUUCGUUGUUUCCCUUAAGACACUAUGGAGAGUAAUAGGUAACCUCUCCGUGCCCAAACUACAAUUGCAUGAAACUGGG